CUCCCGUCCCGUCUCCUUGCAGCGUGGCGGACCAGGGAGAAGUGGCGGAGCGGGGAGCAGAGGUCGAGGGAAGGCGAGAGGGGUGGGCCGAGUAAGGUAAGGUUAAGGAUCCGAGCGGCUCGAAGCGGAAGCCUCUGCCCACGGAGCCACGCGUGGCGGCCGGCCGGGGCCAUGCCAUGCGACGGCAUGGCCCAUGCGAAGCUGCGGCGGCGUGGCUGCCCCGCCGCAAACUUGCCACGCAAGCAAGGAGCCGCCGCCGGCAGGAGCUGAGGCUGCUCCCGGAUCGAGAUGCAGACGUGUUCCAGGGCGAGGGGGCUGCCAGUGCCGUUGCUCUCGCUGCCUUGUUAGAGGUAAGCAGGCCCACAGGGAGAAGGAGGAGGAGGAAAAGGAGGAGGGAAGAAGAAGCAGGAGCGUUCGCUGUAAACUUCUCAGAGAAGCCUCCAAACUUUCUCCAGGAUGAACAAACUCCGGAAACUUUUCCGAGGCAGUGGGAGAGCUUUCGCGUUCAUCUUCGCCGCCUCCAUCAUCUGGCUGCUCUUUGACAUGGCAGCCCUCAGGUUUUCCUUCAGUGAGAUCAACACCAAAGUGCUGAAAGAGGAGAUGAUCCAGCAGGAGAGGCAGAGAUUCCGAGGGUGGCGAAACCCGGAGAAGAGGAGCUUGGGCAGGUGGUCCAGAGAGGAGUCCAAGGGGGCUCCUCCUCCACCCCCGCCACCCCCAGGAAGGUUGGGAAGGAAUGGGAGAGAUGAUAGGGACCACCCGGAGGAUGCUGGAGCUGGAAGACCGGAGGAGGGACUGGAAGAAGAAGUGGGAAAGGGGCAGAAGCCACCCACUGGUGCGAAAGGAAACACAGAAGUAGCUGAGGCAGCAGAGGCGGCAAAAAUGAUGGUCCUUCGCAGGACAAUCCCCGUCAAACUGUGGUGGAGUCCACCUCAGCCCUUCUCCGUUCCCAUGGAAAAGAAAGACAGAAAGGGGGGUUUAAGCUCCACCAAGCCUCUGCAAACAAAGCCAUUGCUUCCCAAGGGGGGUCAGAGGACCCACGCAGCAGCUGCCACAGGGCAGCCCCUUGUCGAAGUGACCCAGAUCGUGGCUUCUGUCAAAACCCAAGCCACUCCCAAGUUGCACAGGCCAUCAACUGAGAGGUCCAGGGAAAGAAAAGGGGCUUCAUUUCAAGUGGGAUUAGAAGGAAAAGAUUCUUUGGCUGCAUCAAAGUGGGAAUUGCCAAUUGGAAGCAAACGGGAUGAAUCUCUGGAGAGCCCCCAAGUACUCCGUGUGAUAAAAGUCCCAGUGAACAGGACUGAAGGGAUAGUAAGAACUGAAGAUAUUCAUGGUGAAAUGGGAAACUUGGAUUUACUAGCUAGCGAGGUGGCAGUUUCGAAAGCAGCAAAGAAGACGACGUUGGAGGCAGUAGGUGCAGGAAAGCUGUCCAAAGAGGGUGAUAUCAAAAUGGCCCAUGCAAAGGAAUAUCUUGGGAACAAUCAAGUUGUUAUUAUAAGCAAAGAAGAAGCCCGGGUUGUCUUUCCAGCCACUCAAAAUCUUCUGGCUGAUGCCGAAGUAAAUGGAUGGAUGGAAAAGACCAUACAGCCUCCUGACAGCAAAAGCAAGCAUAAUAAACUGGAGGUGGUUAAUAUGACUAAAACAGGCCACCCUCUUACAAAAGCAAUUUUGGCUGAAGGAACAAAACCGGGGAACAUUGGCAUGGCCAGUUUAGUUGAUAAGGACCAACUAAAGAAAAACAUUCCCAGUGAUGAUGCAGUCCAUUUUGCAGAAAACACUAGGCUGCACAAAGUGUUGACCAUUGAUAGGACACUUACCCCAAGAGAUCCCAAAGCACCAGGCCAGUUCGGACGUCCUGCUGUGGUUCCAGGGGAGAAGCGAGAAGAGGCAAAAAGAAGAUGGAAUGAGGGAAAUUUCAACGUCUAUCUCAGUGACUUAAUCCCAGUAGACCGAGCCAUUGACGAUACAAGGCCCAAGGGAUGUUCAGAUCUUCUUGUCCACAAUGAGCUUCCCACCACCAGUGUUAUCAUGUGUUUUGUUGAUGAAGUGUGGUCUACCCUCCUGCGCUCUGUCCAUAGUGUUCUCAACCGUUCUCCUCCUCAGUUUAUUAAAGAAAUCAUUUUGGUGGAUGACUUCAGCACGAAAGCAUAUCUCAAGGACAAAUUGGACAAGUACAUGGCACAGUUUCCCAAAGUCCAUAUCCUUCACCUCAAAGAAAGACAUGGCUUAAUACGAGCAAGAUUGGCUGGAGCAGCAAUUGCCAGAGGUGAUGUGCUGACUUUCCUAGAUUCUCAUGUGGAAUGCAAUGUAGGAUGGCUGGAGCCAUUGCUGGAGAGAAUCCAUUUAAACAGAAAGAAAGUGGCUUGCCCUGUUAUUGAAGUAAAGUCUCACAAAGACAUGAGCUACAUGACUGUGGACAGCUUUCAGCGUGGCAUUUUUACCUGGCCAAUGAAUUUUGGAUGGAAGCCAAUUCCUCCAGAUGUGAUUGUGAAAAACAAGAUUAAGGAAACGGAUACAAUCAAAUGUCCUGUGAUGGCUGGUGGCUUAUUUUCAAUUGAUAAGAAGUACUUUUUUGAACUUGGGACAUAUGAUCCUGGCCUUGAUGUUUGGGGAGGUGAAAACAUGGAACUGUCAUUUAAGGUGUGGAUGUGUGGAGGGGAAAUUGAAAUCAUCCCUUGUUCGAGAGUCGGCCACAUUUUCAGAAAUGAUAACCCUUAUUCGUUCCCUAAAGACCGCCUCGCCACAGUGGAACGGAACUUGGCUCGGGUUGCAGAGGUUUGGCUCGAUGAAUACAAGGAUCUCUUCUAUGGACAUGCUUACCACCUCAUCCAGAAAAACCUAGAUGUUGGAAACUUGACUCGACAGAAAGAACUGAGGAAGCAGCUUCACUGCAAGAGCUUCAGGUGGUAUCUGGAGAACAUCUACCCUGACCUGGAAGCCCCUCUUGUGAAAGCUGGUGGGAUGAUCAUGAAUAGAGCUUUAGCUAAAUGCAUCACUGUGAAUCAGUCUAGUCUGGCCUUUGAACCAUGUGACAUUAAGAACAAGAACCAAAAGUUCAACUACACUUGGUUGAGACUGAUCCAACAUGGAGAUUCUUGUGUGGCACCAAUUGAUGCUAAAGGGACACUGGGCCUGCACCCUUGUGAUAAAAGAAACAAUGGCCUGAAAUGGUUGCAUAAAUCACUGGUGGCUUUUCAUCCAGAACUCAUGGAUCACAUUGUUUUAGAACACCUUCCGCGGGCCACGUGUUUGGAAGUGGAUCAGUCUCAGAAAGCCCUGAGGGCAAACAUUUGUUCCUCCUCCAGUCUUUAUCAGAAGUGGCAGUUUGGAAAUUAUUACGCUGACUGAAGAGAAACAUGAACUAACAAGACACAAGAGCUGCUUUGUACUCCGACAAAUUCAAGCAUGACAGCUGUGGAACUUUGGAGAGUGGCAGGGACAAAAACUGAGAGCAUACUUCCAAACCACAGUGGAAGCCCAUCAAUUUAAAGGCAGCAGAUGGGAAGAUCAAAAGAUGGAGCAAGAACAGAGCUGGUUUAGCGUGGCUUAAUGCAAGCCAGGCGUGGUUCCUCAAGGGGUGCUUGCUUGGCUGGAAUCUGGCCAGGGGAGGGAAUUUACAGAGAAAUUAUUUGCAAAGUCCUUCUCUGCUAGAUCUAUGGUGGCUUACCUGCCAAAGAAUAAAUCAAAGAACAGAACCUCACCACUGUUAUAUUUAUGCUCCUAUUUGUAAGAAACUUUACAAAAGUUCACUAGCAUUGUCCUUCUUUGCCUCUCUCUGCCCUCUCAUCACAAUCAAAACACCUGUCACCUGGGAUCCUUGUAAAUGUACAUUUCUCAGAUGUCUAUCACAAAGUCUGUCACCUCGAUACAGGAGUUGUCAAAUUGGUUUGACUGUGGCGUCCAGGAGAACCCUCCAGCCUCUACCUUAGA